UGAACUUAUGAAUUGAAGAAGUUAGUGUCACCAUCUUGUUUUCGUCCAGUUCGUUUACUUCCCGCUGCUGACGUUAACUUGGAAUCUCUCAAGGACCCAAAUCUAUGGAAAUGCUUACUGUUGAAAAGUUCCCUUAGAUUUCCAAAAACAUUCAAGGUAUUUUUUUGUUAAUGUCUUACAACAUUUGCUUCCCGGUGAGGAGGAGACCAUCUUGUUUUUCUUAUUCCUUGCUAUAUAGCAUUUGCUGCUUGCUUGAAUCCCAAGAAAAUUUAACCUCUAUUGCAAUUAAUCAAUGGGUGAAUAAUGUCAUCAAUAGUGAUAACUGGACAAGAUUUUUAAAAAGUGCCACAAAUACAAAAAUUUGAAAGUAAAUUUCAUAAUUAUGCCUUACUGUUUUUUUGCGUGGUGUUGAUGAGCCGUUGACGUAUAGAGGAAUAGGAUGUGGCCUUAUUUGCUGUAGGAUGUGGCCCUAACCCUAAUAGGAUGAGAAAUCUUUGCUCAACUUGGCUUUGAGUGGAAUCAACCUUGAAGUAUCCUUCUCAAAAAAAGUCUUCUCUUACGUCUUCUUCACCGCCCCAAUCACCUUCAUCUCUUCCGAUCUGUAUAAACUUCAGAAUGCUUUCCCUUGAGAAUGUUUGCCUCUUCUUUCUAUAGUUUUCCAUGAAGUCUUCUUCUUCUUCUUCAUCUUCUCGUUGCUGGAGAUACGAUGUUUUCCCAAACUUCAGAGGGGAAGAUGUCCGCCAAUCAUUAAUCAGCCAUCUUCGUAAGGAACUUGAUGGCAAAUUAGUCAAUACAUUCAACGACACCAGGAUCGAAAGAAGCCGCAAAAUAAACCCAGAGCUUUUAUUGGCGAUAGAAGGGUCUAGGAUCUCACUUGUCGUCUUCUCUAAAAACUAUGCUUCUUCCACGUGGUGCUUAGAUGAAUUGGUGAAGAUCCAAGAGUGCCAUGAGCAGUUGGAUCAAAUGGUGAUUCCUAUUUUCUACAACGUAGAUCCCUCUCAUGUUAGAAAACAGACCGGAGAGUUUGGUAAGGUCUUUGUAGAGACCUGCAAGGGCAGAACAGAGAAUGAGAAGCGAAAAUGGAUGCGAGCUCUAACAGAGGUAGCAAAUCUAGCCGGUGAAGAUCUUCGGAAUGGGCGUAGCGAAGCAGAAAUGCUUGAAAACAUUGCCAAAGAUGUUUUAAACAAACUUAUUACCCCAUCAGAUAAUUUCAGUGACUUCGUCGGGAUUGGAGCUCAUAUAGAGACAUUGAUAUCAAUGUUGCGCUUCGACUCAGAGAAAGCGCGAAUGAUAGGGAUUUGUGGGCCUUCCGAAACUGGUAAGACUACCAUAGGAAGAGCUCUAUACAGCAAAAUCAAAAGCCACUUCCACCAUCGGGCUUUCGUAGCAUACAAGAGAACAAUGCCGAGCGAUUAUGACCAGAAGUUGUAUUGGGAAGAACAAUUUCUAUCAGAAAUUCUUUGUCAAAAGAAUAUAAAGAUAGAGGAAUGUGGUGUGGUGGAACAACGACUAAAGCACAAGAAAGUUCUUAUUGUUCUUGAUGAUGUCGAUGAUAUUGAGCUACUAAAAACGUUGGUAGGACGAAUCAGAUGGUUUGGAUCUGAGAGCAAAAUUGUUGUGAUUACUAAAAAAAGGGAACUUCUCAAAGCUCACAAGAUUGCACAUGUUUAUGAAGUGGAAUUCCCAUCAGAAGAAAUGGCUCAUCAAAUGUUUUGUCGAUAUGCUUUUGGGAAAAACUCCCCACCUCAUGGUUUCAGCGAGCUUGCAUUUGAAGCUGCAAAGCUUGCCGGUAAUCGUCCUAAAGCUCUGAAGCACUUUGGCUCGUCUUUUAGAAGGAUAUCGGACAAGGAAGAGUGGGCGAAGAUUCUAUCGGUACUCUGUAAUGAGAAUAAACUAAAAAUCAGCUAUGAUGGGUUAGAUGGCAAAGGUCAAGGUUACAUUGCGUGUUUAACCAAUGGUUCAAAUUCACAGUCUCAAAGAAACAUGGGCGCAAGCUCAAGUGUUUCCCAAGUGAAGGCAGAGUGGAUCCACUUGGCACUAGGCGUGUCUAUAUUACUUAAUAUCCGCAGUGACGGAACGACAUUUCUCAAACAUUUGAGCUACAAUCGAAGCGUGGCGCAACAAGCAAAAAUAUGGUGGUACGAGAAUUGUGAAAGAGUGUACAAGAAGUACAAUAUAUGUGGCAUAGAUAGCUCAACUGAUGGUGGUGGUAAGAAAGUUUGUGACGGUGGGUUAGACGGCAAAGAUCAAGGUUCAACGUAUGGACAAAGUUCAAAUUCUGAGCUUCAAAUAAACAUGGACGCAAGCAAUAGGAGAUAUGAACCUGUGAGUGAGACGCUUUUCAAAAAUUACGAUGCGUAUUUGCCGAAUGGUUUAACGGAUGGAAACUGUUCAAAUACCCAGCCUCAAAGAAAAUUGGACGCAAGCCUAAAGAAAGACAAAAUUGUGCAUGAGUGGAUUCGAACCGGUAGUGGCUUCUCUUUUGAUUUUCAGGGCCCAAAAUCUAUAGUGAGUGCUGCUCAAGUGGAGGAGAAAAAGAUCGAGUGUGGAGAAGGCGUGUACAUAACACUUGGCAGGCUCAGUGGCGGAAUUAUAGUCCUCAAACAUUUGGAGUUCAGCCGAAGAGUGGCGCAACAAGCAAAAGUUUGGUGGUCGGAAAAUUGGAUAAAAGUGUACGAGGAGCACAACAUCUGUGGCAUAGAUAAAUCAUUUGAUGGUAGGUUUGAUGAUAGACGUGUCAUUUGUCAAUUAAGACCAAACUGAAGCCCGGCCUGGUCCUUAAAAUAGUCAGGACUUGAGCUAUA